AUGUUAGGAUCCAGAAUCUGUAAAGCUGCAGCGGCACGGGGAUGGACGGUCACAUCAUUAAGCCGAUCCGGUGAGCCCCGGUGGGACGCAGUCACCGACUCUAAAGAUCGACCCAGCUGGGCAGGCUCCGUGGAGUGGGCCAAAGCCGAUAUCUUGAAGCCCGAGAGCUACAAGUCAUAUCUCAAUGGUGCUUCUGCUGUUGUGCAUACAAUGGGAAUUCUGUUAGAAGCUGACUACAAGGGUGUCGUACAAGGGAGAGAGCCUAUUAUCAGCGGCCUCCAGCGCGCUUUUAGCACUUCUAAGCUUGGGAGCCAGAAUCCUCUAACAAGACAAGAGGGCGAAGCUUUGGACCCAAAGGAAAAAGAUGGACAAUUGACUUAUGAAUUGAUGAACAGAGAUUCAGCUAUUGCGCUAGCUCAGGAAUCCACCAAUGAACACGUUCCAACUUUUGUCUACAUCUCUGCUGCUGCGGGAGCUCCACUUCUGCCGGCUAGAUACAUCAGCACUAAGAGAGAAGCGGAGGCUACUAUCACAUCCACGCUUCCGGAUCUACGGAGCAUCUUCAUACGCCCGGGCUUCAUGUACGACUCCAGCCGGAAAUUCACACUGCCAAUCGCACUGGGUGGCUUUGUUGCAUCUGAGUUCAACACCUUCCUUGGGAACAAGCUGGGGUUCCUUGGGUCUAUGGCUGAAAAACCUCUCAAAGUCGAUGUUGUGAGUGAGGCGGUGGUCGAAGCAUUGGAGGAUGAGUCCACGAAGGGUGCAGUUGGCACAAAGCAGAUUGAGGCACUUGCAACAAAGGCCUGGCGAAAGACGAUGCUCUAA